GUGUGGCAGAACACGUACCAGGAACAAGCGGCAAGCAUGCUCUGUCACGAGGCAGCAUGUCAUGGCCAAAGUUGCUCGACUGCACGCAAGCGUGCAGGACAAAGUUGAGGAGGCCGCCAAGUCCGCAUCGUGCUCCGUUGGAGCAGGUCCCACAUCCAUGGAAGGCAGCGUGGGAAACGCCUCCAAAAGCACGCAGGCUGCAGGAACUUUGGAUGCAUCCGACGUUGCCUUGAAUGCAGAAACAGAGGAUCCAGCUGAAGAGAAAGCUUUGGACUGGUGCCCAGCAGGACCGUCUUCGUGCAACCGUGUCAGUUGGCCCAAUGCUGUGACGAGCAGUCUGAUACGCAUUUGGGAAGAUUACUACCCAAAACUGAACUCCAACACGGAGAACACGUCCCUUUACGAGGAAAUGGCUGCAAAGCUCAAUGCUGGUCUUUCACCUGGGGAAGCGCUCUAUACAGCUAACCAAGUGCUAGUCAAGAUAAACAGACUGAAGAAACGUUAUUGGAAGGAGAAGCGUACGGGCUGUGCCAGGGGGGGGUCCAGUGGCCGAGAGUGGUCCAUCCGGCUUCACAGUUUUCUGGGAUCACUUCCAGCCAGCGAUGACGAUCAGCUCGUGGAUCAGAACGUGGAGGUUGAAGUGGUGGCCGAAGAACCCGAGGAAGUUGAGACACCUCCAUUGCUUCACCAAGGCGCAGACAAAACGGAGUGUUUGGGUAGCAGGGAGAGCGAGUCGGACAUGGCCGACUUUUUGAGCUCGACUAGUGACUCGGAGGAGUCGUCAGAUGUGACGAGCAGCGAAAGCAACGGCAGCAACAAGUUAUGUGUCGGCAAUGCUGCCGCGAAGCGACGCAUCCGCAGAGGAGUCUCCAACUCUUUCCUGUGGCAACUUGUGGCGAUUCAGAAGGAGUCUGCAAGGCGGGCAGCUGAAGACGACCGAAAGCACCUGGAGAUGAGAAACAAGGUGCUCAAACUCCAGGAGGAGUCCACUCGCAUGAACACAAAGAUGAUGGAAAUGGUAACCAAUUACUUUACUUCCAGAAGUAAUAAAGAAUAGCAUUUGUGGUCUUGGCA